CUUAUGUCUUUUUGCGAUCUACCUAUUUAUACCAAGGCAAAGACAACUAACUAAACGUUUUGCUUUUAGGCUUUCUCCGUGGCCAUAUCCGGGUACCUGCCGAGCGACCUGCCCACAAGAAUAGCAAACAGGCAGGGUAGCGCUAUUGAGGAUAGAAGCAGCUUCGGUUUUCCUAGACACGGGCGUCGAAGGCAACCAUGGACGUGAACGGUCCCGGCAAGAGAGGAGCUUCACCCUGUUCCCAUGGCUUCUGUGGUGCAGAGACGUCCACGAGCGGCAACUCUGGCAAGCGAUGUCGGCAACUUGCGUCUGGACACCAGUUCGUAUGGGAAUGUGCGCAGGAAUGCAAGGAACAGCCGAGCACUGGUCUUCGAAGGGUCCAGUCUGCUCCCAUCGCUUCUGAUUCUCCGCAGCAGCAGACGUGGGAUGACUUGGAGCACUGGAGGAGCAGGGAGGGUGCCUGCUGCUCCUGCCCCGAAGAGAUGGGCUCUGUCCAGCACGAGAUCACCCCCGCCAUGAGGACCAUGCUGGUCGACUGGCUGGCCGAGGUCCGCGAUGAGUUCCAACUGCACACCGAGACGCUCUUUCUCGCGGUCGCCUACCUGGACCGCUACCUCUGCGCCAAGAGCGUGCAGCGCCAGCGGUUCCAGCUGCUGGGCCUUACGUGUCUGUGGGUGGCCGCCAAGUUUGAGGAGGUCUACCCGCCGCCCCUCCAUGCCAUGCUGGCAAUGGCGGAGAAUAUGUAUGCGGCGGAUGACAUGCGCGCUAUGGAGAAGGAGGUCCUCUUCACCCUGGACUUUGGCUUGGCAGUCCCCACCUCGCUGCGCUUCCUGCACUAUCUCCUGCAGCUCUCACCGCUGCCCCAACACCCCUCCGCGGCCCUCUCCACUCGGCGCCUGGCGGAGGCCCUGCUCGAGCUCACGCUGCUGGACACGGCCUUCCUGCUCGCUCCGCCCAGCCACGUGGCCUCAUGUGCCGUAUACCUCGCGCUGGGGCUGGUACGGCACCACGCGGGGCUGCAGGGGGUCGUGUUGAUCAGUGGGGCGGAGCCGCUGGCCCUGGGCGACCUUGUGAAGCGCCUUUCCAAGGUGCUUCACGAGACCGCGAGUCAGUCGCAGCCAUGUGCGCUGCUCUUCCGGUACAAGGCGUGGGAGGGGCUGAACGGCGGCCAGGCCCUGGCUAUCGCGGCCGCCACUGCCAACAGCGGCAACGGCCGGGCCCAGCCCGCAGCCCAGCCGCGCCAAAACGUUGCCUCACGCCACUCGGCCACGGCGUCCUCGUCCUCGUACCGCCAUGGGAUGACUGACCAGCAAAUGCAUUUCAACACCGCCGCUGUUGCCCCAGCUGCUGCGAAUGUAGCGGGCGGCAUGGUGGCGUCGGAUCGCUGCGUUGUGAACGUUACUGCCAUGGGCUCUCUAGCACAAGCCGCGGCUCCAACUGCAUGCUUCUAAGCUUGCUUGCAGACAAUACCCGCGGCGUAGCGGUGUAGCCGCUAACAGACGGCCCCUGUCAGGGGUUCCUUGGGGCUGUGGUUGGAUUUGGGAGUGCAGGUUGGUGCAUGAUGUGGUAACAGCAGGGUAGCUAGGUGUUAUGCGACGCUUUUGGUGUCGACGUUGCACCUCUUUUUGUGUGCACCAUUCACGGCAGGUUGUCAUGAGCGGUGCAUGGUGUAGGCUGCAACCGCGUGCUGUGUUGGCAUGGCGCAGGAACAGGAUCAGAUGCGUGUCUACUGUACCCGCAUGGGGAUGCGCACUGUUCUCUCCUGGUGCCACGCUAACCGGUGCGGUCUGGCCUCCUUGCUGAAGAGCAUUUCCUGCAUCGUUUGAAGAACAUUAUACGUGUCAGCUUGUGUCGAGUUGUGCGGCUUUCAGUGGCUUGUGAGCGACACAAUACUGCCCAAGGGUGGGCCGGUGUUGGCGCAGGUCAGGGUUGGCUCGACACAACUUGACCGGUUCGUGCUUGUCUCUAAUGCAUACAGCGUGUUUGCCUUGUGCAGAAGCGCGUUGAGGGAGUAUGAUGUGUGACCCAUUUCGCGCCUCAGAUGGAAUGGGAACAGCAGUGUUUCGUGUCUCUUGUCUUUCUACGCUCGUGUCUUGUGUGCCUUGAAUCCACACUCCUAUGCAAAGCGGUUGUUGUGGUACGGAAUGAUUGGCGUUUUGGCAUUCGGAUGGACGUGAUAAGAAAUGACUUCUUUCUUGGCGCCGGAAGUCCUAAGGGCGUGUACGUGCGGGCGAUGUUCCUGCAUGUCAGAUACCGCGGAAGGAAGUGCCCUUAUGGUCCGUUGCUGUCCUCAUGGGCCAAUCGGUUGCGACGCGAAGGGGAUUGUUGGCCUGUGGUGUCUCGGUUGGUCGAUGCUGGCUUGAGCGUGUCACUGAGCGCUGCCCACGUCCUGCAGAUCUAUCCUUGCUUGUCGAUCCGUAUCGGUCGAUGUCUUUUCCUAAUUGAGCUAGUCGCUUGUGGCUUACAAGCAAAGCUUACUUCUUGAUACUCUCUUCAAGGUCGCCGUCGUAGAGCGGCUUGUUUCUUGGGGUUGACAAGGCCCCGUCAUUGUGCUCCUCCUGCCGUGUCUUUUGUCCUCCUUUGUAUUGGCGCCUUUGCUGCUGUUUCUGUAUCUCUUUUGCGGGGCGGGCCGCCUUGAUCACGAACCCUAAUUAAGCGCGUCUCUUAUAUGGUGAAUACGGUACGCUUCGGGUUAAGAUUAUUACCAUCGCAUGACACUCCGGUAUCUCUUAUCUGCUGGGGGCUGAUCCGUGCAGCAUGCCCCUUACCCAAGGGCGAUCCAGUAUUAACAAGCUAUCUAUGGCCGUCUCGGGGAUGCUGAUGAUUCGUAUGGUAUGAUGAGGAGUCCGUUUAGCUGCUGCAGUGGAUGGAAGUGUUGUGAUUAAACCUGCGCUGUUGCUGGGCGAAGGGACCUGCAUUCUGAGCUGGGAGAGCGAUACGCGGCGAUUUGGGGGCUCUACUGUCUUACACUCUGGGUCAGCGUUCCUUUUGUGACGUGCGCACUGUUUGGCUUGGGUCGUGGACGUAAGGUGCGCGCCUUGCCUUGGCGCAAGACGCCUUGUGAAGGGGAAGCAUGUGGCGUCUGGGUGUGUCUUAUUACAUGGGGUGUACGUCCUGUUAUGAAGCUAGGGGUUUGGAAGCACGCGGUCUGCCUUGAAAUACGGGCCGACCCGUGGGUCACUUUCGUCAGUCUGUUUGACGGUGUGCAGUAAGUGGUCAUCUUUGGUCCAGGUAUACUGUUGUCGGAGAAUUGGGAAGCCACAAGUGCGACUCCGUUGGUUCCUUGUCGCCUCAUGUGAGGGUCUUAUCACCGAUAUCUGUGGGGUGUUGCUUGCAGGACAGAUAUGCGUGGGCUGGCAAGGAUUGCUUUCCGUACGAACCAGAUGGGUUCCAUCUUUUAUGUUAUGUCACCUUGCUUCGUGUUCCCCCGUGCAACUCUUAUGUUCUUGCGCCUUGACUCGUAGGAAGGCUCUUACCUUUUGGACAAUUAUCUGCAUGUAUCCAUGCAUUUUUCUCUCGUGCUUUCUGAAGAGGUAGACAUCCUGUCUUCACCUCACUCUUUGCUGUCGGGAGCGAGUGGCAUACCCUUGAGUUCAGCAGUUUGCGUGUUUUGCAGUAAUAGUAAUGUGGUAUGAUGUUACAUGGUGCAGUGGAGCCAGCAUAGAAGUAGCAGUAGCAGUAAACUGCUUUCGUGUGCCAUCUGACGUAGUCAGUAGACAGGAAGGGAGAUGCAACGCCCAAGAGGGUUUGUGUGCAUGUACGUCAGAGCACUUUCCUCUAUAUUGCUCCUUACUUGUAUUCUCCCCUGGUUCUGUGUCUUUGUAGCUCGGCCCGUCUUGACAUUUGUUUCUUUCUUUCUGAACUUUUUCAGUGUUCCUUGUCUUCCUCUUCGGCAUUUAGUGGGGGUCGACAUGGUAGUGUCACACCGGUAGCUUUAGACCCAGUGGGGGCUGCAGGGCUGUGCUGUACGUCGUACAUCAUUGCGUGGACACUUUGUUGUAACAUUUUGUAACUUCCUAACUGCCU